AUGGGCAGCUAUGUGUUCCGAUGGCCGCGCGAGGCAACCGAAGUCUAUGUAACCGGUACUUUCGACGACUGGGGCAAGACGGUGCGAUUGGAAAAGAACGGCGAUGUCUUUGAGAAGGAGGUCCAUCUUCCGACGAUAGAUGGGAAAAUUCAAUACAAGUUCGUUGUCGACGGAUCUUGGGUCACUGAUAGCGACGCUCGUCAAGAGAGCGACGGCCAUAAUAACAUAAACAACGUUCUCUUACCCGAGGACCUGAAAUCAGCCGCCAAACCAAAUACCGAGGUUGACUCAUUGACUGGAGGAAACACUGCUGCUGCUGUCAUGGCUGGUGUCGUCCCCGAAGCUACUACUGCCCAAUUGGCAGGUGAAGUGCCCAAGGAAAAUAAUGCUUCAUCCGUUCCUGGUGGAUUCCCUGAGACACCCGCGACCGAAGCCGCCAAUGAGUUAUCAGUCAAUCCCAUCCCUGCUACCAACGGAAUCGGAAAUCCAGUAAAGCUUACUCCCGGCGAACCUGUCCCUGAUCCCAGCACUCUAUCCGGCAAUACUGUCGAAUCGACCGUCAGGACCGACAAGGAAGGCUAUGAAGCCGAUGCCAGCAAUCCAGUUUUUCUCAAUAAGGAAGAACAAGCCAAAGCUGAUCCGCUUUCAGUCCCUCCUGUGUCAACAGGUGGUCUCAUCCCCGAGUCCAGUCUUCCUAUGAACCCUCCUGAGACGGCUGAAACCCCUGGUGUGACUAUUCAAUCUGUACAUCCUACCUCAACGACAGCUGCUCUCGCGGCAGAAGUACCACUUGAAUCGCAAAAGAACGCUGAAGUCGCCAGCGAUGUACCCAAGGUUGUCAAGGAGUCUCUCACCAAGGCCCAUGAGGCGCCAGAAGCCGCCGCAAAUGCGGAAGCAGUCGAAGAGAAGGCAGAAGUAGAAAAGGAGCUACAGAACAAGGUCGGUCUUGCCGAUGCGCCUGCUGUCCCAGCUUCUGAUGUUCCGGAAGUCGUAAAGGAGUCUCUUGAAAAGGCGCAUCAAGACCCCGAAGCGGCUGCCAGUGAAGCCGCUGUUGAAGAGAAGAAAGAAGUUGAGCAAGAAUUGCAACAAAAGGUUCACCCGACUGAACAGGCCGGUGAACCAGCACCGAUAACCAGCGCUGCCACCACUGCCACGGCUCCCACCGUCGAGUCGACUGAUGUUUCACCUCAAACCUCUCCUCCUGCUACCGCUGCUGCUACCAGCGCACCAUCGACGACCACUCAAACCCAACCUACAGUAACCACUGGCGUCGCGUCUGGCACCACAACCGCCGAAUCCAAGCCUGUCGCAGGCGCGCCCCAGGAUAACUCCAAGGAGAAGAAGAAGAAACAUCGCGCCAGUGGAUUUUUCCAGAAACUGAAAGAAAAGUUGAAAUAG